AUCUGGACCAGCCAGUAUGAUGAAUCGAAUAUGGAUACCUCCAACGAAUCCGAAGCUAACUAAUUCAGCUAAACCAUUCAGCUAACUGAUUCGGCCCCAUCUGAAUUGCAACAUCUACCGUGAUAUUUCACCGUUUGGCCCAAGUCACACCAUCCCGAACGCCGCGUCUCCGUCUUCCGGCUUUCGGCCCUCGUCCCGAUCAGCCACGUCAUUCCGCCAUUGGUGCGUUUCUAGGAUAUUUUCUAUCACAGAUCACCAUCUAGGAACGCUGCAGCUGAACCCUGGGUUUAAUUUUUGCAUGUGCUCGAAUAUCCUCGAAAUAUCGGAAAUAAUCGAAUACCCCGGCAGCUCAGACCUGUCUUGCCAUUAUUGGUGGUUGUGUCGGAAGGUUCCGUUGGUAGCGGUUAGGAAGAGUUAAGAGCCUGGCAAUCAACGACCCAAGUUACACCAAUCCGCAAGUUUUAUAUACGGAUUACCAGUUGGACGAAAUAUGCAGUCAUCGCGUAUCCCACCCCUGCUCGAUAGGGUAUUGAGCAUCCCGCAUCAGGACUCUUUGAUCCUCCUGACUUCGGUGCUGGGGGCGACGACAAAUUGGCUCAUCGUGCGAUAUCUCUACUCCUGUCUCGCCAGCCAUCAGCCGUCUUUGUCCCGACACAAUCCAGGCGAUGAUCAUCCGCCGUUGAAGGUGGUCCUGGUCACUUGGCUUCGGGAUGCGGAAUUCUGGAAGACGGAAGUCAAAAGAGCGGUUGGAAUUGAUCUUGCGAGGCUGGCCGUUCAGGGACGAUUCGCGUUUAUUGAUGCGAUAACAGCGGUUGCGUACCAGCCACGCCCUUUGGGAACGUCACUGGUAGCAUCAUCUAAAGGAAAAUCCCAUUUUCUAUCUUCACCGGAUCCCAAUCACCUUGAAGAAGUCGUCCUGGCGGCACUAGGCCCGGAGAAGCCCUCCAAGGAUGACAACCAAGGCGGCAACGUCGUCCUGAUCCUGGAUGCCCCCGACUUUCUCCUCGCGGCAUCAGAUCCGGGGGCGGACGGUCGGAUGGACCUUAAGCUCCUCCAGGCCAUCCAUCGCAUUCGACAGCAUCCCUCCAUCCGCUCCACGAUCGUGGCAGCCCAGACCGACUCGCCUUUGAUGGUUGCGCCCAACCAUACCACCCACACUCUCACCAACCUUGCAGGCCAGAACGCAUCGCCAUUGGAGAUCGCUCACACCUCGUUCCUUACCCAGCUCGCGCAGCUCGCGUCGAUUCGAAUCAGUCUUCGGAUGCUCGAUACUGGCGCGGCGGGGGACGUGAGUGGUGUGGGUCGCGUCACUUACGGCAAGCCAUUCACUGCAGACACCGCAGGGCAGGAAGAUGGUGUUGCGCAUCCGGAAGCGUCUGAGUGGCUGUACUUCGUUGCGGUGGACGGUUCUGCAAAGGCCUGGGAAAGGGGAUCUGGAACCUCAGUCGGGUAAUACUGCAGCAGACUCCGAAGGGUGUGGCACGUGGUAUUACCAUUCCCGUUGGGAAGCGUCUUGAAUUGAACGACUG